GCGUUUCCGUAGACCCGGAAGUUGUGUUUCACAACUAGCAAGCAGCACGCAAGUCCGGCGUGACAUUCACCGGGUUGUGUUGGGGGGGUUGACCAAAGGCAAAACGACCACCACUGUGUGUUCUUGCCAAGAUGAGAGUUCUUCAAACGGCACUUUAUUUGACAAAAAGACAAGCUCUUGCUCCAAGAUGCGUCACUCUGAAGAAGGUGCUCAUCGGCAGCUGCCGGUCAUGCUCCUCCGGCGUCCACCCCAACGAGAUGAUCCGCAAUAUCGGAAUCUCCGCGCACAUCGACUCGGGGAAGACCACCUUGACCGAACGUGUGCUCUACUACACGGGAAGGAUAGCUGAGAUCCACGAGGUGAAGGGAAAGGAUGGCGUUGGAGCCACAAUGGACUCCAUGGAGUUAGAGAGGCAAAGAGGCAUCACCAUCCAGUCAGCUGCUACCUACACUAUGUGGAAGAACCACAACAUCAACAUCAUUGACACACCAGGUCAUGUGGACUUCACCAUCGAAGUGGAGCGAGCGCUACGUGUGCUUGAUGGCGCUGUAUUGGUUCUCUGUGCCGUGGGUGGCGUCCAGUGUCAGACGAUGACGGUGAACCGGCAGAUGAAACGUUACAACGUGCCCUUCCUCACUUUUAUCAAUAAACUGGACCGCAUGGGCGCCAACCCUGGAAGAUCCCUGCAGCAGCUGAGGACCAAAUUGAACCACAAUGCAGCCUUUGUGAACAUCCCCAUAGGCCUGGAGGGGAACAUGAAGGGCAUCAUCGACCUUGUAGAGGAGAGAAGCGUGUAUUUUGAAGGACCUUUUGGUCAAGUCAUCCGCUACGACGAGAUCCCGGCAGAUUACCGAUCAGAGGCUGCAGACCGUAGGCAGGAAUUGUUUGAAUGUGUCGCUAAUGCCGAUGAAACCUUGGGAGAGAUGUUCUUGGAGGAAAAGAUUCCAAGCAAUAAUGAACUCAAGGCCGCAAUCCGCAGGGCCACAGUGAAGCGUCUCUUCUCGCCAGUGCUAGUGGGAACGGCGCUGAAGAACAAAGGUGUUCAACCUCUGCUGGACGCUGUACUUGAUUUUCUGCCCAACCCAACCGAGGUCAAAAACUACGCCAUCCUCAAUAAUGAAGAUUCCAGUGAGACAUCAAAAAUCCAUUUGGACCCUAAAAGAGACCCCGUAAACCUCUUUGUCAGUCUAGCUUUCAAACUGGAGGCGGGUCGAUUCGGUCAGCUGACAUACAUGCGAGUAUACCAGGGAUGCUUGAAGAAGGGGGAGUACAUUUACAACACACGCACCAACAAGAGAGUGCGUGUGCAGAGGCUGGUGCGUCUGCAUGCCGAUCAGAUGGAGGAUGUAGAUGAGGUGUAUGCAGGCGACAUCUGUGCUCUGUUUGGUAUUGACUGUGCCAGCGGAGACACUUUCACAUCCAAGACCAGCGAUAACCUCUCUAUGGAAUCCAUUCACAUCCCAGAUCCUGUCAUUUCCAUGUCCAUGAAGCCAACCAACAAGAACGACUUGGAUAAAUUCUCGAAAGGCAUUAACCGUUUUACUCGAGAAGAUCCCACGUUCCGGGUUCAUUUUGAUACGGAAAGUAAAGAGACCGUCAUCUCGGGCAUGGGAGAGCUGCAUCUCGAAAUCUACUCCCAGAGGAUGGAGAGAGAAUAUAACUGUCCCUGUGUGAUGGGAAAACCUAAAGUGUCUUUCAGGGAGACGAUCACUGCACCCGUGACGUUUGACUACACCCACAAGAAGCAGUCUGGGGGUUCUGGUCAGUAUGGUAAAGUUAUUGGGGUUCUUGAGCCGCUGGAGUCGGAACAUAACACCAAGGUGGAGUUUGAGGACCAGACCGUGGGAACUAAUGUCCCAAAGCAGUUGAUUCCGGCUGUAGAAAAGGGUUUCAGGGAGGCGUGUGAGAAGGGACCCCUGAGUGGCCACAGGAUCUCAGGAGUGAGAUUCAUCCUGGAAGAUGGAGCACAUCAUAUAGUGGACUCCAAUGAGAUCUCCUUCAUCCGUGCAGGGGAGGGCGCUCUGAAGCAAGCUAUGGAGAAGGCCAAUGCCACCAUCCUGGAGCCUGUCAUGUCCGUGGAAAUUGUGGCACCUCAGGAGUUCCAAGGGGUGGUUAUUGCAGGUGUGAACCGUCGCCAUGGCACCAUUACAGGGCAGGAUGGAGCUGAAGGAUACUUUACCUUGUACGCCGAUGUUCCACUAAACGACAUGUUUGGCUACGCCACGGAACUACGCUCCUGUACUGAAGGAAAAGGAGAGUACACCAUGGAGUACAGCAGAUAUCAGCCCUGCCUGCCAAGCACGCAGGAAGAACUCAUCCACAAAUAUUUGGAGGCUACGGGUCAACUGCCUGCUAAGAAGAACAAGUGGAAGAGCUAAGAACUUACCAGGAUUUUUUUAGGACUUUUUAUUAUGACUGUAUGUUCCUCGUAAAAGUGGUCAUCAUCAUGCUAAGGCUCUAGUAGCUGAAUCAUGAGGAACGUAGGUUCGCUUCCUCUGUAACAUCAUAUUUAUUAUUACAUUUUAGCAUCAUUGUCGACCAGCAGAAAAUCAGACAAGGAACCGUGGUUGGUUACUAAAUCAAUAUUCAUUAUUUACAUACAUGACAGUAUAAAUGCUUUUUUUUUUUCAAUCGAACAGUUCUAAUGACACACUAUUGUAAUUAAAUAUUAUACUUUAAACUUCUAAAUGGUUGCACGGAGGUCUAGUGGUUAGCGCGCAGACCUCACAGCUAGGAGACCCGAUUUCAAUUCCACCCUCGGCCAUCUCUGUGUGGAGUUUGCAUGUUCUCCCUGUGCAUGCGUGGGUUUCCUCCCACAUUCCAAAAACAUGCUAGGUUAAUUGGCGACUCCAAAUUGUCCAUAGGUAUGAAUGUGAGUGUGAAUGCUUGUUUGUCUAUAUGUGCCCUGUGAUUGGCUGGCCUCUCGCACAUAGACAGCUGGGAUAGGCUCCAGCACCCUCGUGAUAAGCGGUAGAAAAUGAAUGAAUGAAUGAAUGAAUGAACAAACUUCUAAAUGUAUCAUAAUAAUACUGAUGAUAAUAAUGAUUACCGUGGACAUUAACCCACACUUGUUGGGUAUGGUGGAGACGGCGAUCUGACCAUUUCCGAGCGUGGUGACGUCGUAAUGCAAAUUAGAUGAGUGAAUAUACUCCCAUCACAAACUGUUUUCUGAUUUACAGUAUGGAUUUAUCUGUCACCGUUUCCGAGCUACAACCAUUUGAAAUAUUAGGUUAAAUGCUAAGUUAAUUGGCGACUCUAAAUUGCCCAUAGGUAUGAAUGUGAGUGUGAAUGGUUGUUUGUCUAUAUGUGCCCUAUAUGUGAAAAAAAAAACUCAAACUGAGUCAAGUAGCCCCCCUUUCAUAACAUCGGGCCCCCUCUAGGGGCCACGUCUUUUUGUACUGUGUACAGAAUGGCCUUGAUAUGAUAAUGGACUGCAACAAAGACAAAGUAAACAUUGACUCUUUCUAUACAAAUUUAGUCUCCUUGUUUUAAUUACCUGACUGUCUACUGUAUCUAUUGCAAGGACACAAGAGUUCCUCUCACCUUCCAAAAGUUCUCCUCUCCUUCCAAGGUUUCCAGUGCACUGUUGGGAUGAGCUGAUGUAUUUGCAUCAUUAAGUGUCACAGUCUCAGCGGGGGUCCCACUUACUCCAUUCAGCCCAGUUAACCCAGCCACGGCGAAAACGAUCCACAAGGUCAUGGUAGAAUGCAUUGCAGUCCUGGCGAAGUGGUGCGUGCAGGAGAACGACGCUCUGCUGUUGUGUAACUGAGGAGAGGAAGUGGUGAGAAGAAGAGGAUGUCCAGAUCCUUGCUGCUGUCCUCCUCCUCCUCCUCCUCCUUGCACAAUCUGCUUAUUUUUUAGUUUCUCCAAACCAAACAACCUUGCUCCUCUUUGUCUGCCUCUGAGCUUCACACGUCAUCCAGUGAACGCUGAUUAUUUAAACGAGCAGUUAUCAAGAAAUGCUGGUCAAUGCCAUGCUUUAUCAUGGAAUGUUGGCGUCAGGUGAUAGACUGAAGCAGCUGGUACUAAUUAGACCAUUGACACCUCAUUGUUUGUCACAUCUAAAUGUUUCAAAUCAUCAAAUUCAUUUAAAUAUUAGUCAGUGAAAACACAAAAUGCAGUUUUUCGACUUUGGCCCACUCAUCUUUGCUGAAUUGUUGUAAUUCAGCCACAUGUUGUUUUUCUCCAGCCAUUCAGAGGUGGACUUUCUGGUGUUUGUUGGAUCUUAGUCCUGCUGCAGAACCCUAGUUAGUUUCAGCUUGAGGUCACGAACAGACGGCCGGACAUUCUCCUUCAGGAUUUGGCGGUAGACAAUUUUUUUACCACUUA